AUGGUAAUAAGAUACUGUCCAAGGUGCCCAUACUUUUCUGAACAGUUCACGAAGGUGGUCAACCACAUCGGAGUCGUUCAUAGCGGUGACGACAGCUUCACAGUAUAUUGUGGAAUCGCCGGUUGCACAAAUAGCUACAACCGGUUUGCAUCGUACAAAACUCACCUUUAUCGGUGUCACAGGGAUCUGCUGGAAAGCACUGGAAGUGCCUUCGACCGCGAUCGAAGAAAUGAAAUCCAGGACUGCCCAGCCACUGACCAAGGGGUUCUGAGUGACGAUGCUGAAAUGCCACAAGCGCCCCAGCCGCAACAAAGCAGCGGAUCUCCAGAAAGAGAAGAGUUCAGCGAUUUUGUGACAGAAGCCAAAGCUGCUAUUUGGAACUUCUUUUUCAACACAACUGAAAACCACAAACUGGCACACACUGUGGCCGAAAAAAUCUUCGGCAAUCUGCAUCUUGUUUUUGAGCGCAUCAUCAAGGCAUAUGCUGCUGAAAUCGCAGCCAAGAUUGAUGCGUCUGCUCUGUCCCCAAAUGCCAUCUCACUGUUGGAAUGUUCGUUCCUGCCCCGCCUUUUUGAGGGGAUACAAAGCAAACACGUGAGAGAACAAUAUGCAAAGACAGAUUUUCCAUAUGUCGAGCCAGUAAAAUGUGACCUCGAUACUGAAGGGGGCUGCUACCACUAUGUACCAGUCCCGAGACUCCUUGCAAAGCUGUGCGAGGUUCCUGACAUCGCUGCCCAAAUCUACACACCACAAGUGCGCCGUGACGACCCCAAGGUGUAUGCCGACUUCACUGAUGGGCUCCUGUUCCAAGAUUUCAGGGAUCUUAUUUCGGAAGGAGUGCAGUACACCAUUUUUCUUAUGCUAUACAGCGACGAGGUAGAGAUAUGUAACCCCCUAGGAGCGAAACGGGGCGUGCAUAAGCUGCUCGCCGUGUAUUUCACCUUGUUGAACCUGCAUCCAAGGCACAGGUCACAGCUGAGGUCCAUCUACCUGGUGCUCCUUGUGAAGUAUGAAGAUGUACAGCAGUAUGGCUUGGACGUCAUUCUGAAGCCAUUCAUCAGUGACCUUAAGGAACUGCACUCAUCUGGGCUUACGUUCACGAGCGGAGGAGCAGUGCGCAAUGCACAAGUGUUUUGCUAUCAGGUGCGCAAGUCUAGCGAGCUGAAACUCGUGAAGGCUGAAGAAGAUGACACGCUUCACUGUGCUUUAGAUUUAUACACUGAGAGUGAAGUUGUGCCCAGAUGGGAAGUACUUGAAGACGAACUGGACGGUAAUCCAGUUGCACCAGACAACAGAGUGGUAGGCGACAAUAGCGAAGAUGAGUUCGAUGAACCUCUAGCUGCAGCAGACAAUGGAGUGUCAGACAACAGUCUCGACGAGCUCGAUGAAAAUCUUAAUAAUGGUCCUGUUCCCGCAACCGAAGAAGACGUGCCCCCCUCUGCUGCAGAAUCUCCACCUCCAUUUGAUGGAAAUAGUUCCCCUUUCCGCUUGGAGUUCACGACUCUUCUUGGGAAUGGGAGCUCAAUGUCAGUCGGGGAUGCUCUUGUUCUUCUUAUGGACAUCUCCACAAAGCACUGUUUCUCAUGGGCAGCGAUAGAAGACGUCUUGAAAUUCAGUAACGUUCUGCUGGGAAGAGACGCCCUUCCAGAAAGCAAGUAUCUAUUUCGCAUGUUUGCUGGAGCGACGCCUGUAGUCAUGCAUUUUCACUUUUAUUGCCCUACCUGCGAGCAUCCACUAGUGAAGACGACAGGAAAGGUAGCAGAGCGCAACAACGUGUCAACAACAUGUGCAGUCUGCGGAAAGAAGUACAGCGGCAAAGACCUUGUAUCACAAGGCAACUUCUUUGUUAGCUUGCCCCUUGAAAAGCAGUUUGCUUCCAUCCUUGCAAUUGAUGGUGUGAGAAACCAGCUGCUUCAGUCACUGGAGCACAGAACAGAGCCACAGAAUAGAAUGUCGGACAUCACAGAUGGUGCCUUCUACAAGGACCAGCGGCAAAGGCUUCAUUGUAAAGACCAAGAUCUCACGCUGACCAUGAGUGCUGACGGGUGCCCCGUAUUCAAGUCAUCCACUUACUGUAUUUGGCCUGUGCAUGUUGUGCUCAAUGAACUGCCUCCAUAUCUUCGCUGGAGCAACAUGAUGACGUCCCUUCUCUGGUAUGGCUCGAAACAUCCAAAUAUGACUCUGCUGCUUCAGGCUUUUGCUGAACAAAUGAAAAGGCUCUCAGCAGAUGAAAUUACAUGGAACGCAGGCGGUCGGGAGCUCCAUUCAAAGGUCUACUGCAUCACAAGCGUUGCCGAUGCCCCAGCCAGGGCUUCGAUGCAAAACGUGCUCCAAUAUAAUGGGUAUUAUGGCUGCGGCUGGUGCCUUCAUCCUGGACUUUGUGUUGAAGGCUCUGUCAAGUAUCCAAUGACGGUCGGCAUGGUGAACGACGACAGAGACCAUCCCUCAAUGCUGGAAGACAUGAAAACUGCUGCCAUGACGAAGCGGACUGAUAGAGUGAAGGGACCGUCUCCACUUUUAAAUGUUCCUGGAUUUGACAUUGUAUGGAGCUUUAGACCUGAUCUCAUGCAUUGUGUUCUCCUUGGAGUUGUGCGUCAGCUAUGCGAUCUAUGGUUCAGUGAUGUCGGAAAAGGGUACUACAUUGGAGUUCCUACCACAGUAGCAGAGGUGGACUGUAGGCUUCUACUCCAGAAGGCACAUCAGUGUUUUAACCGUCCACCACGGUCGGUAAGAGUACGCAAAUACUGGAAAGCUGUCGAAUGGGAGUCGUGGCUUAUCUAUUACUCCCUGCCAUGUCUCGGAGGCAUUCUGCCAAGGCAGUACCUCGAGCAUUUUGCUCUUUUAGCAUCUGCCCUGUAUGAUCUCUUGAAGAGUGUAGUCUCGAAACAGCAUGUGGAUCGAAACACAGAAAAAAUAACAAGGUUUGUUGUGAUGACGCAAUACCUCUAUGGCGAAGGCCAAAUGACAUCGAAUGUACACACAUUGCUUCACAUACCUAAAAGUGUUCUUCUUCACGGGCCACUUUGGACACUCUCGUGCUUUGAGUUCGAGAGCAAUAUGGGACAGCUGCUCAAACUUGUUUCUUCAGCAAAAGGUGUCCCAUACCAGAUCCUGUCUCGCAUUUUUCUUCGAAGUAGCUUUCGCCAACUACAGUGUAUGGCUUCGGAGGAAGUGCAGGAACUUUGCUCUCAAAUGCCUAAAAAAAGAGAUGGUGCAGUGAAGCUUCUCGGGAAAGCUAAGGCAGCACCGCAGGAUGUCUCAGACCUGCUGCAACGCAACCUGGGAGCUGUGCACAGUGUUGAGGAGUUCAGCCGUGUACGCAUCUGUGGAUGCACAAUCCACAGUGAGCAGUACAAAAGCCCUCUGAAACGGGAUUCAACAGCUGUUACAAUUGGAGACGACUAUACAAAAGUUGAGCGUGUACUAUGUAUUCGGAAGCCUGAUGGGACACAAGCGGUGUAUAUCCUCUCGCAUGUGUACGACAUUGACAACUUUCCCAAUGUUGACCACCUGAAGUUUGCACGAAAGACUGGCUCUAAGCAAUUCCACCCGCUCACUGAAGCUGCACGCCCGUGCAUGCAUUUGGAAGUGUUAAACAGGGUUGUGUUCGCCCAGUUGUGUGACCGCCAUGGCUGGUCUUAG